CAAUCUAUAUAACUGUUGAGAAAGGAAUACCAAGAUUACCACCACAAAGCAAUGGGCGGUAUACUUUCUGGGCUUCUUGGCAGCGACGCGGCGGCGGCGGCGUCUUCGCCGGAGAGUUCUAAUUCUAGAGUCUCCUCCUUCCACUCGUCGCCGCGCUGGCAGCUCUACUUCAACGAGAUCAAAGAUACCGAUAAGCUCGUUGUGAUAGAUUUCUCGGCGUCGUGGUGCGGUCCUUGCAAAUUCAUAGAGCCAGCGAUUCACGCCAUGGCCGACAAGUUCAACGACGUUGACUUCGUCAAGAUCGACGUCGACGAAUUACCUGAUGUGGCGCAGGAGUUUCAGGUGCAGGCGAUGCCGACUUUCGUGUUGUGGAAGAAAGGGAAGGAAGUCGACAAGGUUGUGGGCGCAAAGAAGGACGAGCUCGAGAAGAAGAUUGAGAAACAUCGAUCGUGAUCUUAGCUCUGUAAUCCUAUUCAUUCAGCUAUUUAUCUUUCUUUCCAAGGUGAAAAGAAUAUUAAAACAGAGUUUAAAUUUGUUAUAUUUGGCUGUAGUGUUAUGAUGAUGAUGAUGAUGGAUGGGGUUGUAAAAUUUUAAACUGGUUGGGUUGUUUCUUCAGGAAGAUGGUGUCUGUUUCAUAUUUUAGCAAAAUUGUUAUAUAGAAAUUGAAAAUACUGUCUCACUCUGUGUUUGUGU